GCCCGCGGGGAGCCCGGAGCCCGAAGAGCAGACGUGCUCGCAAGGCGGCGGGGCUUCGCGCACACGGUCCCCAGCGCGGAGAGCCCGGGAGGGGACGGAGCGGCAGCCCAGGCUGCGCUCCCGCCGCGCCCCGACAGCCAGCGAUGCCCCGCAGACUGCAUGCCGCCGCCGUCCUCCUGCUCCUGUGCUUAAACGAACAGCCAGCCGGCCCGGCCCCGCUGCACGGAUCCAAGUGGAGCUAUUUUGGUCCAGAUGGGGAGAAGAGCUGGUCCAAGAAGUACCCAUCAUGUGGGGGCGUGCUGCAGUCCCCAAUAGACCUGCACAGUGACAUCCUCCAGUACGACGCCAGCCUCGUGCCCCUUGGGUUCCAAGGCUACAAUGUUUCUGCUAACGAGCAGUUUCUCCUGAACAACGAUGGCCAUUCAGUGAGGCUGAACCUGCCCUCGGACAUGCACAUCCAGGGCCUCCGGUCCCGCUACAGUGCCGCCCAGCUGCACCUGCACUGGGGGAACCAGAAUGACCCUCACGGCUCCGAGCACACUGUCGGUGGGAAGCACUUUGCUGCUGAGCUGCAUAUUGUCCAUUAUAACUCGGACCUGUAUGCCAACGCCAGCACCGCCAGUAACAAGUCAGAAGGCCUCGCCGUCCUAGCUGUUCUCAUAGAGAUGGGUUCCUUCAAUCCAUCUUAUGACAAGAUCUUCAGGCACCUUCAAGAUGUCAAAUACAAAGGCCAAGAAGUGCUCAUUCCGGGUUUUAGCAUUGAAGAGCUGCUUCCUGAGAGGCCUGACGAAUACUACCGCUACAAAGGCUCCCUGACCACACCUCCUUGCCACCCCACAGUGCUCUGGACGGUUUUCCGGAACCCUGUGCAAAUUUCCCAGGAGCAGCUGCUAGCUUUGGAGACUGCUCUGUACUGCACACAUGUGGAUGACCCAUCCCCCAGAGAGAUGGUCAACAAUUUCCGGCGGGUCCAGAACUUUGACGAGAGGCUGGUGUAUAUCUCUUUCCGACAAGCUUCCUGGUCUGAAAACGUCAUCUGUGAACAAUGGUCCUUCUUAAACACAGAGAACGUAUAUGAUGAUGACUGUCAACUUCUUUUCUAGGAAAGCGCCUCAAAUGUACAGAUCAUCCCUUUGUGAUCUAGUUUGGAUAUAAAUUUCUCUUUUCCCAUUCCUCUAAAUGGAGUAGUAGUCAAGGGUAACUGGAAAAUACUUCAACUCUUCAAUAAAAUACAAAACAAAAAAACUACCUGGAGAUAAGGGACUUGGCCCACAUAGAUAAGGUAGAUCUUAUUUGUGAUUCAAGAUAAUACUCAGAUCUCUUCUCUGGAUUGGUCUAUAUAAGUCACAGGGGAUAUGGUCAUAAAGACUCCCCCUGUAGUCAGAAGACUUAGGUUCAAGGCCUCAAUUUGUUUCCUCCUUGCUGUAUGAUGUAAGCAAAUCAUGUCCCUUCUUUGGCCUUGGCUUAGCCAUAAAAUGAUAGGUUGGACAAGGUGAGCUAAUGUGCUUUCAACGCUAACAUGCUAUAGGAUUCGAAGUGGAUACUAACAACUGCCCAUCCUGACUUUACGUUGCAGGGACAGUGUUUGAGGGCAGUUACAGAGGAUCAGAAGAAACCACACAGGAACUUGAGUCUGACAUCCCAAAGUAACCUCCAUUUGUAACAAUGGACUAUGGCACUGGGAAUAAUUAGCCAUCUUCUUAGACCAGCUCAGGUCUAAGUUGGCCCUCACAGAGUGGGCAGUGCAGUCAGGCUUGUAGCAGAGCGCUUCAGUAGACUCUCCCAGUCUGGCUGGGGAGCUUGAGGGGCCUCUUAGCAGAAGCCUGGAGACCAACUCCAAGCUCAGGACAUCAAGAUCAAAGCCCAAAUGCAGCUUUGCCACUGCCCUUCCUGCACGGCUCACCCAGAACUGUUGCUUCCAAGAGCCCAGGCUGUGCCCAGCUCUCCCCUUGGAGUGAGAAACCCUGGCAGUCCAAGGCAAACCUGUUCAUUUGGAGGCUGAUUAUAGAAACUUGGCUAGAAUUGUCCCCUCCCACUUCUUGAAGACACAGGCAGCUACUGGGGCUGUUUCCCAAGGAACAAUGGGGAGGGCGGCCACAAAGGAGAGAAGCCCCAAACCUCACCCCCCGGGGGCACCUGCAUUUAUGAAGGGCUCUCACACCAACCUGGAGGGGCCUCAGACCAUAACAUGCCAUUUCAGGUUUCUGGAGUGAGCCUGUGUCAGUGUGAACCUUUAGCAAUUGUGCUGAAUUAUCUGUAAACUUCCAUUAAGGCAAACUUGUAAUUAGGGCCUGAUUUAUUCAGAGCUUUCUCUGGAAGUUAACAGGAACUAUGGAGUUGGAACAUUGAGCCAGGAGAAAAGUGAUGUUAAGGAAAUCCUCUAGGAGAGAAAGUGCAAGGACUUUGAGAGUAGGCUCUGAGGUUUAGCCACAUUGGAACAACUGGGACUAAAUCAUUUAACUUUACCAUGCUUCCUCAACUGUGCUUAGAAUAGGAAUAAAGAACUUAAUUUCUGUCCUUAAGAGGUAGUAAUCUGUCCUUAAGGGGUAGUCUAUGAUUUGGCCCUAGGGCAGGGUUUCUUCACCUUGGUGCUAUUGACAUUUUGGUCUGGAUAAUUCUCACUGGGCGGCUGUCCUGUGCAUUGCAUUGCCCUCUCCCCACUAGAUGCCUAUAGCAUCCCCCCACUUUUGAAUGCCAAAAAUGUCUCCAGACAUUGCCAAAUGUCUCCAGGGCAUGAGGGGCAAAAUUGAGAACCACUACCCAGGAAUUACACGAUGAAUUUCCUAGGCCCAUGCUGAUUUUUUUUUUUCACUUAUAUGACAGGAUUCUGGAGUUUUCUAUCAUAUGCCCUGGUCUUUCCUGUAUUACAGCAUGACAUUUUCAAAUUGGUGAUGGUUACCCUUGAAACCGAAAGGUUGUUGGGUUACUAAGGUAGAACAACCAAACUCAAGAGAAACCCUGUUCCUUACCUUCCUUUAGAAUUUGAAUAUACUUGCUUUUUGUAUAAUUGGCUAUGUCCAAGGCCAAGAGAAGUGGACAGGCGAGAACUAUCCACCCUUAAGAGAAGCAUACAAACCCCUUUAUCAGGGUUCCAGAUGCCUCCGAGGCAGCAAUUUGCUUCGGGAACUCGUUAUCAUUUUUCUCCCUCGCUUUUAUACCAUUUUUUCUCUCAUGUGUGUUGUGUUUCUUGUUGCCUUUAGUUAAAAUGACCACUCUUUAUGGAGAGGUGAAAGUCAUGUCAGGCACUUUUUUUUUAAGCUCUUGUGAAAGUGCCUCUUCCAAGGGGUACAAAUGGAGGACUUGAGCUGAAGAGGGGAGACAAGAGCCAUUGCCCUCAAGGUGGGACCCCAGAGAGGGGGGAGACAUCCUGUGGCCAGACCAGAUCUCACAGGAGUCAGAUGCCCUGUGUGAAGAAGGAGAAAGAUGGCACGGGCAGAUUUACAGCCCAGGAGCCUGAUUCUUAGGUCCUUCACGUUGACCUCUUCCAAGCUAAAGAUAGCAACAUUGGGUCCUGACGGUGGUGGAUAAUAAAGCAAGAGCCUAUUGAACCUAAAUGCUAAUGUUAUCUAGUCCUAUUUUUUUUUUUUAAUUUUUUUUUCAACGUUUAUUUAUUUUUGGGACAGAGAGAGACAGAGCAUGAACGGGGGAGGGGCAGAGAGAGAGGGAGACACAGAAUCGGAAACAGGCUCCAGGCUCUGAGCCAUCAGCCCAGAGCCUGACGCGGGGCUCGAACUCACGGACUGCGAGAUCGUGACCUGGCUGAAGUCGGACGCUUAACCGACUGCGCCACCCAGGCGCCCUGAGUCCUAUUUUUAAUAUACCAGGGCCAGGGACACUCGAGGGACAAGGGGAAGCCAAAGAGUUUCUAUAAUCACGUGUUAGUGGGCUUUCGCUGAGCAACUGCAUGUUCCCCACUGCAGAGCCCAGAGCCAGCUGAGGCACUCUUAGACAAGAGCGCUGGACAGUAGUGGGGCAGGGCUUUGACCCGUGCUAAAUCUGUGGAGUCGCACGAUUAGAAUCCGCUUGACCCUUAGAGACCUGGGGAGUUUUAUAAAACCUUUAAAAAGAGGAAAAACUCUUACAAAGCUAAGAUGGCUAAUUAUCUACUUUUUGAGACUAGACUGUAUGCUUUGUGGUUAUCGACCUCUUGUUUCUAAAAGUUCCUAUUUUUAAAUAAAAACUAUUAGAUGGGAAGUAUCAUCAAGUCUACUGAGACAUCCAAAUGAAAGACAGAGG